GCUCUUUGCUGCUGUGCAUUCCCUGCAGCACGUCACUAUGGAAACAGUGGAAAAUAACAACAUUCCCCCCAUCCCCUGGGCCAAAGCUCCUUGAGCAGCAGCGAGAAUCAACUGCCCCAGCUUGGGUGUCCUCCUCACUCGGGGGACUGCUGGAUCAGAGCAUUAGACGCACGCCCAGCAGCAGUGCCAGCUGUGCAGCGGUGCCGUGCAGCACCCGGCUGCUCAGUGCUAAAUCCUGGGUGGGGAGAGAACCACACCCCGAAUGAAAGGAGAAGUGGGGACCCUCCCCCAGCUCAGGUGUGGACAGUGCCUGGUGGGCAGUGCUGACUGUGUAGCAGCAGCUAGAGGAGUGAGGCAACUGAACAUGAGUAGCCCCAGCACAAAGCCGUCGUGCCUGUCACAACCGAUGGUGAAGAGCGUGCUAGUGUAUCGAAAUGGGGACCCUUUCUUCCCGGGCCGCCGCAUAGUCAUCAGCGAGAAGAAGGUGUCCAACUUUGAGGUCUUCCUGAAAGAGGUGACGGGUGGGGUGAAGGCACCUUUUGGGGCUGUGCGGAACAUCUACACCCCACGCGGUGGGCAUCGCAUCCGGCAGCUGGAGGAGCUCCAGAGUGGAGAGCACUAUGUGGCUGGCGGGAGGGAGGCCUUCAAGAAACUCAACUAUUUGGACAUAGGAGAAGCAAAGAAAAAGCCUGUAGAAGUCAAUAAUGAGGUCCUCAGCAGAGGAGAGAAGAUGGAGGAUAGCUCAUGGAAACAGGUAAAGCCAGUUACACACAGUAGAAUCAAUGUGUCUGCACGGUUUCGUAAACCUCUACAGGAGCCAUGUACUAUUUUUCUGAUUGCUAAUGGAGACAUCAUAAAUCCAGCAGUACGUCUCUUCAUCCCAAGGAAAACACUGACUCAAUGGGAACAUGUUCUUGAGAUGGUUACAGAAAAAAUAACUCUCAGAAGUGGAGCUGUGCACAGGCUUUAUACUUUAGAUGGAAAACUGGUUCAGAGUGGGUCAGAUUUGGAGAAUGGGCAAUUUUACAUUGCAGUGGGCAGAGACAAGUUUAAGAAGUUGCCUUAUGGUGAUCUACUUUUCAGCAAGUCUACCAUCAGAAGACCGCAAGGCUCCAAAGCCUCUUCACUGCCUCCUAUUGCAGGAUCUCGAAAAUCUAAAGGGAGUGGGAAUGAUCGACAAUCUAAAUCUACUGUUGGAUCCAGCGACACGGGAGAGAUGGUAUCAUCGCCUCAACCUCCAAAAAGAAAAGAAAAGAAAACACAGAACCAAGAGGAGAGCCAUUCUUCUAAGAAAAACUCAAAAGUGAAACAAAAUGUAAAAGUAGCGACCUCAACUUAUGCUGUCCAAGACAAUGAUGAAGGUAUUUACAAAGCUGGUGAACGGUCUGAAAUGUUGGGAGCAGUAGAAGUCCAAGAGGAUGAAGACACUCGGGUAGAGGUGCCAGUGGAUCAGAGGCCAGCAGAAACUGUAGAUGAGGAAGAAAAUGACCACCAGGAAGAAGAGAAAGAUGAGGGAAAGGAAACAUAUGGAGAGAUGAAUGGAGAGGAAAGUUUGGAGGCUGGUAAUGAAAGGAAUGGGCUGAAAGAAAAUGAAGAGGAAGUAAAUGGGCAUUAUGAAGAAGAGGAGGGAGAAGAUGAGGAGGUUGGCUCAAAGGAAGAAGAUGAGACAACCUCCUUAAAUGGCAAAACAAAUGCAGAGAAUGGUGAAACAAUGGAACAGCUUAAUUGUCACAAUGAAGAGGAAGCAAAAAUACAAGAGGAAUUGGAUUGUCAAAGCCAGGCUGACACUCAUCCUGAAAAAACAUCAACAAACCCAAGAGUAACUAUCACCAGCCCACAAGAAAGUGAAAAAAAUGAACAAACCAAUGAAUAUGCUGCUGUGGCAUAGACAUGAAAAAGUAGAUUAGCAGAAAAUUAAGGAUUGUAAUAUUUGAAAUUGAAAGCAUGUUAUUAUCUGUUAUUGAUAAUUUAUAAUGUGAAGAUAGAGUUGAGUACCACCUAUUGAGUCUUGAAAUAGUAUUGCCAUAUAGAAUGACAUAGAUAAUGAACAUGAAUGUUUAUUAAAAAGAAGAUUGAAUUAUUUUCUCAAGAUGUGACUUUCAGAUAGAUUUUAGGGGAAAAUAUAAGGGGUUUGUUUAGCAAUGCAGUAAAUAAAUGAACUAUUUCUUCUGUGUUAUAAGAUGAUAAAUAGUAAUAGAAUCAACUCUGUGGCAUUUUUCCAAUGUGCUCAAAAAAGCAUAAGUUAGACUUCAGAAUUUUUCAACAGAUUUAUCUAGGAAAGAUAAAUAUUUUUGUGACUUUUUCAUUUGUGUAACGUUUUUCCUAGAUUAAUAAGCUGCUAAAAAUAUUACAUGUACUUUGUUUCCAAGUAUAUGUUUCAGAGAUAAUGAAUCAGACUCUCUACUCCAUGGAAUUAUACCCGGCUAGAACUGGUGCAGUGCAAUGGAGAGUCUUUCCCAAUGUUACUGGACAGUGGCUUUCCAUUGCAUUCAAUUUAGGAGCAGUAGGGAAGAUUGUAUUAAUGCAAAGCAUGUAUUUAGCACUAUAAAUAUAUGUUGUACAGUUUAAACUAAUGCUACAGCUUGUUUGCUGCUCUAAGAAGCCCUAUUGAUUUCUCCAGGUGUACCAAUGUAUAAUGAUCCACACAUGUGGAGAAAUUUGCAGGAUUUGGGCUGUUGAGGAAGACAGCUUCUCUCAGAAACAUACUGAUUUAUUUGCUUUUCAAAAUUUGGUAAUGUAUCUGGUCAAAAUGCUAAAUGUAUAUAAUAUUAUCGGUUAAGAAACCUAAAGAGCAGGUACAUAGAAGUGCAGUUAGCUUUGACUAGCUUUAUAAAGACUGGAUUUUGAUUGGUUUGAAAUUCAAGCAAUAAGAAACUAAUUUAUCACUGAAAACAAUAACCCAUAUCCUCAGUUGGUGUAGAUCAGCAUAGUGCCAUUGAAGUCAAUGGAGCCAUAUGAGUUUACAUACCACUUGAGGAUCUUGCUCACCAGUUUUGCACAAAACUCUGUGCUAGGUGUUCUGUAUAUGACAGUUCUCAAUGACAACAAAGUUAAUUUCACCUCUUCUAAUUAGCUGGUUCCUGAUAGGCUGUGAUGUCAUUUGCAUUAGUAAAUAAAGCAUUCAUCUAGAAUGUGGUAGCUUUGAUGACAUUGACUCUAUUGCCCCUUUGGAGCCAAGCCUUGACCAAUGCUGCCAAUAAGUAGGAAGUCAUAAGCACAGGGUUAUUCUCAGAUCUUGUGUAUAAAUCAUUUAUUGUACAAAAGCAAGUGGGACUUUUAGGUCUUGCUUAGGAGUAGCUUAUUUUAUUGCUUAUGCUAGAAAACUGUUACUAUGAAAGACUUAAUGUCAUUUUUAUUGUUGAUAAGAAAAUACUAAAUUCAUGAAAAAUUGCAAAAAAUGUUUUUGAAAACUGUGUAAAAUCACUUAUAAUUGGAAACCACAAAUUUCUCCAGCCACUAUUUUUCUUUUAAUUUAUUGUUUUAUGUAUUUGAUAACACUUUGUAACAGUCUGUCUCAUUCUGUAAAAGUCAGUGUCUCCCAUACUGAAAAUGUUCUUCUCCAUAUUAGUGGGAACAACAAAAUCUUCAUCCUUUUUUGUUUUGUUUUUUAAAGACUCUUCUUUACCUUUAUUUGAAAGGUAAAACUGAAAUUGUUUUUUUAAAUUAGUCAGUUAUAAAAAUUCGACAGUAUACCAUUAACUUUUAUUUAACUUUAUUAACUUACUGCAUUUCAUGAGGAAAUAUUCAAUUUUUAAAUACAAAUUUCUGUCCUAGUUAUCUGCAAAACAUCUUUGGAUGCUUUUCUAUAAAGUUGCAACAGCUUUUUAGAAAACAGGAGCAUUAGCAUUUUCAGUAUGUUACCUCUUGCAGUGACAUAUAAUUACAAAUAUGAGUGCUGGUACCAGGCACUCUUGUGUUAUUUCAAAUAGAGGUUUAGCUUGCUGGGACACAGGUAGUGCUGAUGACUUCCCAGUAAAACUGAAACAAAAAGCAUUGCAACUGUGUGUGGGGCCCUGACAACAGAUUUUCUGCUUGCUUGGUAUAUGUUUGCUGGCUUAUGCAAGUUAUGAGUAUGUGUUAUUGUAUUAACUUCAAAUGCAGAAAUUAGAAUUUUUAAAAACAGUUUGCUUGUAAGGGGAAAGAUUCUAAAUUUGAUUUUAGAUCACAAGCAGCUUGGUCUUUUAACCCAAUCUUUGGAGGAUUGAUUUUAAGUCUGACAACCUAGCACAGCCUAUACAUGUGCUCUAAAGUGUUUCUAUUAGAACAUGUUGGAGCAGACAGCUGGAGCGUUCUAAUUAGAAUGCUCCCGUGUGCUGCAGUGCUGCAUGUAUUCCCCAUCCCACGUUUCAGAAUGGCAGUGGGGAGCUUUAACUAAAGCUUGGCAAACAAGCUUUAAGGCACCCAUGUGGCCAUUUUGAAAUGUGGGACACUAAAUACACGAGACACUGUGACGUUUUAAUUAGUGGCUCCCAAAAGCUGCUUGAAUUAAAAUGCCCUUCCCCCACCACCCAGAAGCACAUGUAUUGCCACCCCUAGUGAUUACAAUGCAAGCAGUCUGAUCCUACAGUCUUUGCAUUGUACAGAAGUCAAAUUCUGUGGGCCUGUUUCUGCAAAUGUAGAAGACAAUGUGGUGCUGUGAUGAUAUCAUAACUAUUAGAUAGAUACGGGGUGUGUGUGUGUACACACGUGUGUGUGUGUGUGUGUGUGUGUGUAUAUAUUCUAACCAGUUCUAGGCUUUAUUCUAUACUUGACAUGGUGACAUAAAACCUUUUGUAAACACUGUAGUAAUUUUCAGAGCUGUGAGGGUUUAUGCUGAAGGUUGGUAAAGUUUUCCAGCAGGGGGGCCAGAAUGACCCAGCUCAGGUAUGCACACACACGCACAUGCACAUAAACAUAUGCACACAUAUACAUAUAGUGUAGUUACGGUGUGUAAAUACAAAUAUAUAGUGUAGUUACGUAUAUUUAUAAUGUAUUUACAUAUUAUAAUAUUUGAAAAUGACUUAAUAUUGUGUAUUUUCAUUUUUGGAUGUUUGUCUUGAGACACCAUGCUGAGGCUUAAUGCUGAUCCCCUGUCUUCUGACACAUGGGUCCAUUUUUAAGUUAUUUCAGUUUAGGCACCAUAAAUGUAUGUACCCAAAAUUGCUGUUCUAUUUGAAAAUCUUGGCUUUUAGGAGAGGAGGCAUUUUCUCAGGAUUAUAGUACACAAAUUAAGAAUGGACUUGUUUAUAUAUGUGUUCUUCACCAUUGGCAUUCAACCAGUAAUAAGAGUAACUUUAUCUCUUCACUGGUGCUAUCCAAGGAAAUGAUCAAAAUCCCCGUACAUCUUUCUAAUUUGUAAACAUUUUGUGGAGUUAUAGUGGGAGAUUAUUUCCAGUUCAGCAGCUCAUUUAAGAAUAUGCUUAAAUCCCCUCAGAUUACAGCAGACACUUUAUAAUUAAACUCAGACCUAAAUGCUUUGAUGAAGUAGGUGCAAAAUCAAAUUACAAUAUAUCUCAAGUGAAGUGAAGACAAAAGUGAAGAAAUUGUUUUAAAAAAUCCCAUCUAAAAUAGGAGUAAGUAAUUUAGCUGAUAAUAAAUCACUCCAAAAUAUCAGAAGGUACAAAACAGAGUGUUGCCUAUUGGUAUUUUGAAUAACUGUCUUAGAGUUAUAUUAAAGUAACCUUUAAAGAUUACCUAAAACUAAAUAAAAUAUCUUAAGGAAGAAUAGAUUUGCUAAAAUUAUUUUAUUAUAAAGCAGCUUAUUUUUUUUUAAACCACAAAUGCAAUAAUUCACAAGAGGACUUGUGAUUUACUCUUACAGCUGAGUUGUACGCACAGCUAAGCUGUACUAGAAUAUCCCAUUAUUUUUGUUACCUACUGCCUCACCCUGAUUUGUUCCAUCCACUUAUGUCCUGAUGUUUAGAUUAUAAGCUUCAUGAGGAAGAGACUGCCAUUUACUGUAUGUGUCUCUGCUGUGGAGGGCAACAGCCCUAGACUCUACAGCAAUAGUAAUAACAGGAGCAAUUCCCCAGGGUAAAUAUUCCUAGAAAACAUAAUUCUGUGUGGUCAAAACUCUUCCCUUCUAGCCAAAAACACUCUGGACAUGCCAGUAUACAGUAAGCCAUUGACUUACUUAAGGAUUGCUAUUUAUGGAUCUGUGUGUGUGUGUGUGUGUGUGUGUGUGUGUGUUGGGGGGGGGGCUGUGUGAAAACGUGCACAAUGCAUGCAGGUAAAGUUUUGUACCUUUUUACGAUAGGUAGGAUAUUACUGGCUUCUCGUGAUAUCUUAUAUUUAUAAUGCAGGACACCCUUACAACCAGUAAUAUCCUACCCACUGAAAAGAGACUACAUGUGUUUUCUUAAGUAAAACAUAUUCUUAAGCAUUUUGCUGCACUAAGGUAGAACAUUUAAAACACUUAUCUGGAUGCUGGUAAGAACAGCAGCCUACAACUAGCAGUAAAUCUGCCAGGAGCUGAGGAGCUCAGAAAAAAAUAAAGCGAUUUAGUUUGGAAUGUUCAGGGAAGAGAUCAGCCCCUCUGCACAGAGCAGGAACUGGGGUGCAGCAGGGGGUGGGCAGUACUGACUGGGUCACAAGGGGUGGCCUGCUGUCAGUAGAAGGCUGCCAAUUCCUGAUAUACUUCAUCAGAUGCCGUCAGAUACCAUCUGAAGAAGUACGUUGUUAACUAUGAAAGGUCAUGUCUCCCUCAGUCAGUAAGUCUCUAAGGGCUUUUUUACACAUGCUCCGGGAGGUGGGAGUGGGUGGUGCUUUAAUUAGUGAAUCAUGCUAAUUAAAAGCACCCGAUCAUCACGUGUAUCAGUAUCCCCACACUGAAAAAAUGGUGGCGGUGUGCUCUGCACUAAAGCUUAUCCAAGCUUUAGUUCAAAGCACUUCAUGCCAUUUUGUAGCACAGAGAUGCUGAUACACAUGACGCUAGAGUCUACUGGAGCAUGUUCAUUUCCGCGCUCCAGCAGACUCGAUUAAUUGAGUCUGCUCUGAUGCUCUGUAUUUCCAGCACAUUGAAACAGGCUUCCUGCACGUGUAUAGGAGUCCUAAGAUGUUCCCCCAUUCUGCCUUCAAACUAACACAGCUCUCUGCUCGAAGAAGAAUAUAGAAGUCUUUCCUUCUAGCUACAACAUAAUGGCUAUCUAAGUCAGAACAUGCCAUUAAAUCAUAGGGAUGAUGCACAUAUAACCUUCAUUAGCAUAUAAUACCAGCAUUCAAGUGUUGCCUGCAGAUGUCUACAUUUCAUGAAAAACAGCAAAAUACAAAUAUGCAUAUAUACAAUAAAAGGCAGUUACCUGUGUUACUCUGAAGUCAGCAGGGUAGGGAAGCACCUUAGAUACCAACUAGUUCAGAGGCAUACACUUUUGUAGAUGAGACUCCUUUACCAGAUGCUGUGGCAAAGGAGGCUGCCACCUAUGAAAACUUAUGCUUCUCUAUACCAGUUAAUAUACAUUAUGAUUAUACUGCGAUUAUAAUAUUUUCAUGAAAAAAGAAAGUGAAGUCCUAGCCCCGCUGAAGACAUUGUUACAAUUGCUGUUGGCUUCACUAGAGCCAAAGUUGCAGUCAGUAUAUAUGAUUCAUGAGCCCACUCAACCACAAAUUCAGAAGGUGCCCACUGCCCAUAUGGUCCCUAGUUUGGCAUAAAUGAGAGAGGUUCACGCCUUAUAAUAUAUAUAUCAAUUACAUGCUGUUUCAUUAUGGUGAUUUGCUUGUUUGUUUUAGUGGGCAGUUAAAGGCACUAUCAUUAUUCUUCCUGUUCACAUUAGUUAAUCUUUGUGAGCAUUAGUGAUUCUUAGUUGGAAAAUAGAACAUGAACCUUUCCUCAAGAAUCUCACCUGUAUGCACCCUUAGUCCUGCACAAGUAAUUGGUAACUCAGAGUGAGGGAAAGGGAGAUCAAGCUCUUAAUUUGAGCUGCCUACUUGGAAUAUUAUUUCAAGAUAUUUGUGUUUUCCAAACUCUGAAGUGAAACGAAAGAAAAUGCUCUCCAAGAUGAAAACCCUCUCUUUACUAUCAAGCCAAAGUAGCUGGUCUGGGCAUUGAUUCCUUGCACUUGCCUCAUUCUCAGCUUCCAUGCUAGUGAUACACCUAUAUGGGAUGCUCAUGCAGAACUAAGCCAUGGGCUGCACAGAUAAUUAUAGGUAGUUUUCAACAUUAUUUUCUCUUUCCCCCACUCUUCCUGUUCAAAAUGAGUGAUAUCAGCAACAGCUCACAAAGAAACAACCUAAAGAAGAAGGCUAAGUUUCCCCUCACAGGCUAGCCCAACAACAUGCUUGGUAGCAAACUAUGGUACCUGGAAGAAUUCAGUCAUAAUUGCAGUGGUGUCAAAGGCAUGGCUCAACAUAUCCAAAGCAUAAUUUCCAGCUGGGAUCUACCUGAUUUCCUUUCUGUCCAAAGAGGAGAAAUAAAAGGAACUUUGGCAGUUAUCCUGUCACAGCCCUUGCCACAAACUCAUAUGGUUACAUUAUUUUUUUUAAAAACAAGCAUUAAAGAAAAUAUACUUUGCAAAACUACUAUGUAAAUCAGACACUAUAUUGUAAAAUGAUAGAAUGCUUUUGGUAACAAAACACCUAUUUAUUUAUAAAGAGAAAUCUAUG